CGUGCAAAAACGGCGCUGCACCAAACCGGGAUGGAGCUCUUCACGGUGAACCGAUAUGACGAAACAAAACUCAACGCGGAAGAUGAGAAACUGCAGGAGGAACUUAUUCUGCAGCAGUUGCAAGCGCGCAAAGAUAAAAAAGAGAAACGUAGAUCGUUGAAAGCACAGCCAAUUGCGCCCGUUCCAGGGGAUACCGGCGUGGAAGAUGUCGUGGAAGAUCAUGUCGCCACGGAGUCCACAGCUCUAGAAACUGUUGAGGAAGUCGAUAAGGAACGCGAUGAAAACACCGCCGAAGCCGAUGAUGCCCACCCAGAGCAACCGACUGAAGGAUCGGACAAAAGUAAGCAGCUGAAUGAUUUCAUCGUGCUGGGUGGUGAUCGUUUACAGCGCCUAAAAAGAGCAGACGAAGUGCUGCCCCCCUGGCUGUCGCACCCGAUAAUUAUCGACAGUGACUUAUCCGCACAAGGACCUUCUAUAAAAAAGCAAGCAUAUCUUGAUGGUGUCUUAAAGGACAAUCUCAAAGCGAUGGGCUACAAGAGACUAUUUCCAGUACAGGAAAAGGUAAUUCCCUGGAUCCUGGAAGCACACGCAAAACCGGCACCCUUCUGGCCACGGGAUGUUUGUAUUUCUUCACCGACAGGUAGCGGCAAAACGCUCGCCUUUGCGGUGCCCAUCGUUCAGCUGCUGCUUAAACGAGUUGCACCGGCCGUCAGAGCGUUGGUCAUCCUGCCGGUGCAGGAACUUGCGGAACAAGUGUACGGUGUGUUCGAAAAGCUUUGCCAAGGCACGAAAAUCACGCCAUUGGUUCUCUCCCGUAAGCAAUCGUUUCAUCAAGAGCAGGCAAAACUAGUGUACACGUUGCAUGGUCAGUUCAUUCAAAAGGCAGAUAUCGUCGUAACAACCGCCGGGCGGUUGGUUGAACAUUUGCAUUCUACGGCCGGUUUCACGCUAUGCCACUUACGCUUUCUCGUCAUCGAUGAGGCUGAUCGAGUAAUGAAUCAGAUCCAGAACGAUUGGCUGUAUCAUUUGAAUAAGCACGUGAAGCAGCAAUCCGACGAAUAUCUGCUAGGUCGAACUGCCGGCCAACUAUCACAAACGGAACUGUUCGAUCGACCGCAACAACCACACAAACUACUUUUCUCCGCUACCCUUAGCCGUGAUCCAGAGAAACUGCAAACCUUCAAGCUGUUCCACCCGAAGCUAUUCACUGCGGUACGUGAUCCGACUGAACGGGCCAUCGCAUUGAGUAAAUCUGGUGCUGGUUCGACUAAACAAAAUGCCCUGCUAAGGCGUGGCAAGUUCAUCGGCCAAUACACGACGCCUUCCGAGCUGCGAGAACUGGUCUGCUACACCCAGUUCCGCAUUAAACCGCUAACACUGUUUGCGUUGAUUCGCCAGGCAGGCUAUCGGAAGUUCUUGGUCUUCACCAACGGUAUCGAUGGUUCGCAUCGAUUGUCCUUUGUGCUGCAAAGGUUAUUUGGAACGGAAAUGGUUAUCGAAGAAUGGUCGUCCUCGUUGACUCCGGCUACCAGGCGUUCCGUGCUGCAUCGUUUCAGUCUCGGCAAAGUGAAUGGUAUAAUUUGCACGGACGCACUAGCCCGUGGUUUCGACAUCGAUGAUAUUGAAAUCGUCGUUUCCUAUGACAUGCCGCGACACAUAAGCACCUACAUUCACCGAAUCGGUCGUACGGCACGUGCCGGUAACCGUGGUACCUCGAUAACGCUGUUAAUUGAUGAAGAAAAAAAGAAGUUCAAUAGCAUGCUGAAGGAAGCUGGAAAAGAGGAGCUUGAAGCGGUUGAGAUUCAGUCUUCGGUCGAGGAAGAGUAUGCCGGAAAGUAUUCGGCCGCAUUGAACGACCUGCGAGAUGCGUUGGAGCUGGAGAAGCAGAUCAUUACGAAGAUACGGAACGGAAUGACCAUGGCCAGCUUGACUCGAGUAAAUUUGCUGAGCAAACUGAAGGAUCGGAUUGACGUCGAUGGAUCGACCAACUCAACUGAGCUCAUUAAAUCAUUGAAGCAUCUACCGAAGAGCUGGACAAACGAAGCGAUUGCAAUUCGCGCCGAACAGAAGAAGAACCUUAAGCGAACUGCUGAAUCUAUCGCCGGUAGCACUGAUGCGGCCGCACCACCGUCUGCUGAUUCACAGGAUACUGCGGCAGAGGUUAAGGAUAAAGGGGCCAAUCAUACCACUGAAACGAACCGGAAGGUUAAGAAAGCACGCUGGCGAAACACGGCUGGUGCACUGGAGGAUAACCCGAAGAAAAAGUCGACGGUGGAAUGAUGGGUGCAAUAAUGGACAAUAAAAGUGAAACUAUGGUUCAAAUUGGAUAAGCAUGGCAUGAAGGGAAACCAUUAAAUGACUGGAAACCGUUGUGGAGUCGAAGAGAACAUUUCAAUUAUUGUAAAAUGAAA